AUGCAGGGUGUGUGUGGUGAGAGCUUCGGUUUGCGCGCGUUUGCCCUGACUGAAGAGCUGAAGGAGGGUGAAUUUUUAAUUUUUGGAAACGGGGAGAGCACCAGCACCACAACCCCCCUAACCGCAACAACGGCCUCCCCAUCGCCCGCCCGCCGUCACCCACCGGCCCCCUACGCCCAUCCGCGCCGCCACAGCCAGCAGCACCGCACCCUGCACCUCACCCGGCCGCCGUCCGUCUACACCACCACCACCACCACCCGGCGAGCCCCCAAACCGCCGCCCCACGCCGCUGCCCCGCCAACAGCCACAAGCACUGCCUUCUCCUCGUCGUCGUCCGAGGAGCUCCUCGAAGCUGCCUCCUCCCCCUCCUCCUCCUCCUCCUCCUCCCCCUCCCCCUCCCCCACCACCACCGCAGCAACAACAAUAACAGCCGACGCCCGCAGCGCCUACUCCAUCACCGUGCUCCCCCUGCAGGGCCCGCGCCUCACCACCACGCAGCACCACCACCACCACCACCACCACCACCACUCCUCCCGCCGCCGCAGCAGCACCAGCACCCGCCACACGCCCAUGAGCCCCCGCCACACACCGCACACACCGCACACACCGCACACCCCGCACCACCACCCCGGCUCCUACCUCUCCACCACGCCCUCCUCCACCACCCGCUCAAACACCCCCAUCAAGCUCCCGCUGCAGAUGACGGCCACCUCCACGUCCACGUCCACGCCCACCCCCCGCUCGUGGCUCGGCGACCCCGACGACGUCCCGCUCGACGACCUCCGCUCCAAGCACCAGCGCGCCCAGGUGCUCGUCCCGCAGCAGGCCUCGCAGGUCACCAUCACCUCGCCGGCGCUGCCGCCGCCCGGCGCUACAACGCUGCCUUCUAUCGGCGACGAGGAGUCGCGGCCGGGCUCGCGCGACAGCGAGUGGAACAGCACGCACCCGUGCUUCCCGCACCGCAACCCGUACGUGCCCGUGGACAGCGCGCUCUACCGCACCACGCGCAUCAUCCGCAUCAGCCGCGACUUCAUGGUGUACGGCGACCUCGCGCCGGCGUACUCGAACGUGUUUCCCGACAUCCUCGAGCCGCACGUGACGGAGGAGCAGUUCCGGGUGGUGGUGGCGCGGGUCAAUGAGGAGAUGCUGCGCGCGUAUGAUCCGUGGAAUGUGUGGAACUGGGUGGAUGCGCUGGUGGGGCUGGUGACGCUGUGGCUGUGGGAGGAGGUGGUGGAUAGUCAUUGUAAGAGGGUGCUGAGGGGCGUGGAGGCGUAUCUGGAGUGGUGGAAUGGCGAGUUGGAGAGGUUGGGGCAGAGGGCGGUGUUUAUACCGUUGAGGAGGGCGGGGUAUAUGAAUCUCGAUAUACAGAUCCCCGACCCCAUCCCCGCCGCCACAGACGAGGACGACACAGGGUCCAGGUUCGUCGACGAGGACGCAUCGGAGACGGGCAGCACCAUCGGCCCGCUCGGCAGCGAGGCGGGCCACCACAGCCUCCGCAUGAACAGCAUGAACGGCCGGGGAAGCAGCGGCCGCAUGGGCAGUCUGGGGAGCGGCGACUACUCGAAUGAGGGCAGUUACCGAUGA